GAACUAUUAUGUAUUUAUUGUUGAUUUUAAGUAGUUAAUUUCGUUGUUGAUUGAUGUCAACGUUGAAACUUAAAACAGACAGCUAUAUUUCCAUUAGGUUCCUUUACUUAGACUAAUAGACCAUUAUAAGCAAUCAGUCUGAUAGUGAACCAAAUACCGCUGAUCAGUAACUUGUUGCAAUGAUGUCUAUCAUGAACAGCGGGCUGGUGUUGUUUACAAUAGGCAUAUGCCUUUCCACUGUCUAUUGUGAUAGUGGCGCAGAGAGGCACCGUGUGGUGGUGGUCGGUGCAGGAGCAUCUGGAUUCUCUGCAGCAGCAGCUCUCCUGGAGAAUGAUGUCUCUGACAUUGUCGUGCUGGAGGCUUCUUCCAGGAUCGGUGGCAGGAUACUUACUGUGGAGUACGGAGGUGUUCCAAUCGAUUUAGGAGCAGAGUACUGUGACGGCAUGAAAGAGAAUGUUGUUUAUGAUUAUACCAAGCCUCACGAUCUCGUUGCGGUGUUCGCUCCUGGUGCAGUCUUGUAUGCAAACACCUCCGGGCACAUCUUUGACACCAAUGAAGUCCAACCACUUGUGGACCAGGCUUACAGUAUCAUUUACGAGAAUGACAUUCGACAUUUUAAGGGAUCAGUUGGAGAUUACUUUUUCCCCAGGCUUGAGAAACUGAUGAACACCAAGGAUGUGGAGCCUGAAAUGAGAGAGGCUCUCCAACAUCUCAUCCCCCAGCUUGAGGGCCUGUACAGUUCCACAGACGAUCUACAUCAUCUCGGAGCCUGGGGAUCCACUGAGGACUGGGAGAAUGAGAUGCACGUCUUGUUAAACUGGAAGAGUGGCGGUUUCAAAACCAUUUUCGAUUUCAUAUCAAAAAGGUAUGGAAAUCCAUCUAAUGAAAUUCCAGUGGAGAGUAAAAUUCUCCUGAAGAAACAAGUGACGAAAAUCGAGCAACAAGGAGGAGAGGUUCACGUGGAGACUGCUGAUGGUAGUACCUACCUCGCCGAUCACGUGAUCGUUACUCUGCCCCUGGGGGUACUCAAGGACAGAGCAGCGCAGAUUUUCAACCCGCCACUGCCAGAAAGGAAAACAACUGCUAUUGAAACUCUGGGAUAUGGAUGUGGAACAAAAGUCUUCAUGCUGUUUCCCGAAAAAUGGUGGACAAUUGAUAACACUAUGAUCACACCCCUGUUCUCUGCCAAGGAGCUGAGCGACUACAGAGCAAACUCGGAGUAUGGACAUUGGUCAGCGAACACAACAGCGUUUCUCCCUGUGCUAAACCAUGGCAGCAUGUUGUGUGCCUGGUUCUCUGGGACCUCUGCAGAGUACGUGGAAACUCUCCCUGAGGCUGAGGUUGUAGAUGGGCUCAUGGAACUGCUUGAUAAACUUGUGGGGAAAACCUUUAAAAUCUCAAGACCUGAGAGCAUUUUGAGGUCGAACUGGUGUAGUGACCCUCUCAUUCGUGGUACUGUCAGCUACCGCUCUGUGGCCAGUGACAGCCUCAAUAUCUCCAACACUGACCUGCAACAGCCUAUCUUGGACUCAACAGACAAACCUGUGAUCCUGUUUGCUGGGGAGGCUACAGAUCCUCACUAUCACGGCUCAGUGCAGGCAGCUAUAUCUGCUGGUCGCAGGGAGGCACAGAACAUCAUAGAUUAUCUAAAGAAAGAUGUUCACUCACUACAUCAGGAAUUGUAACAAUGUUUCAGCCAUUUGAGCUCAACUUCUGUAUAUAUGUUAAAACGUUGAUUAGACACAAAAUUUAAACUUUGUGAAUUAUAUAAGUUUAUAAACUGCCAUUGGAUGCAACCACAGAAAUUUAGGUAGCUCCUUAGUUUUGUUUAUUAGUAUUUAUUUUUAUAUACAUAAACAUUUUUGUGGUUUCUUCCAAAAUAUUUUGUAAUUACGUGAUGCUUAUCACACCAGCUUUAUAAUAAAGUAUUUUGUACGGUUA